AUAAAUUGUUUUACAAAAUUGUUAAUUUCUAAAAAUUGUGUUAAAUUUUUCGACUACGACUGUUCCAAGCCCCUGUUUUCUGUGUUUUCAACAAAUCCCGACCACGGUACGCGUUAUGUAAUUUUUCAACCACAUUUUUUUGGAAGAAGUGACUUUUUCAUUGAACAAAAUCACUUGCUUCCCUCUGUUGACGAUUCUCGAUUUUUUACUGACCAAUUGACAAAAUUUAAUUGCGAAAUUAAUUUAACGUAAAUUGCAAGUACAACGAAGUAACUAUAUGUUUAAGAUAAUUCCACGUGCUGAACCCUUUUUUUUCCUGUGCAACAUUUUACAAUUGUGAUUAAGUAAAAAAGUAAAUUUAUUCGAUUAAUGUUUGUUUGAUUCGUGAAUUAAUUAAUGAGUGCUCGCGUUUGCGUCGUUACAAAAAAAUCUUUAUUAAAAAUGUGCGAUUCAGUAAAGAUCUCUACUUCGUACAAACAUCUUAAUUGCCAGACUGAUAACUGAUCUUUUCGGACAAUUCAUGAGAAUUGCGAAAUACAACAAAAAGCUAUAUACUGAUUCCGUAAAUUAGUCCACUCUUUACUACAAUAUUAUUUCGGCACAAUAUCAUUAAAACAACAACAACAACAUGAUGUUAUCCUGUGCACAAAUCAACAAGCUUCUGUACCCAAACGGUGCGGGCGGAAUAACCACUGUAGCGCCAGCCACUUCGAGCGCACCACAAUCGUUGGGCGCGCCAUCUAGUGGAGCACCGAGUGAAACACAAAGUGAAAUCUCAUCGGCAGAUAGCGAUUGGAGUGAUAUCAGGGCAAUUGCUUUGAAAUUAGGCGUAGCCAAUCCAGAUGACUUGCAUACGGAGCGUUUCAAAGUCGAUCGUCAAAAGCUAGAACAAAUGCUGAAGGAGGAUAGUAUGGUUGAGGGCAUGAAUGGCGCUGAAUAUUUCUUCGAGAGUGUUAUGAAGUCCACUGAGACUUACAUUAGCUGGCCGUGUCGCCUCAAAAUUGGCGCUAAAAGCAAAAAGGAUCCACAUGUUCGUAUACUUGGACGUGCAGAGGAGGUGCAAAAGGCCAAAGAGCGUGUUCUUGCCAAUUUGGACUCAAGAGGAACUCGCGUAAUUAUGAAGAUGGAUGUGUCCUACACGGAUCACUCAUAUAUUAUUGGACGUGGUGGCAAUAAUAUAAAGCGUAUUAUGGAAGAUACUGCAACGCAUAUACAUUUUCCGGAUUCGAAUCGUUCAAAUCCAACGGAGAAAUCAAAUCAGGUUUCCCUAUGCGGUUCGCUCGAGGGUGUUGAGCGCGCACGUGCUUUGGUGCGCCUCUCAACGCCAUUGCUAAUCUCUUUCGAGUUGCCCAUCUUAGCGCCAGGUCGCCCACAGCCCGAUCAUGACACGCCUUACGUGAAGAUGGUCGAAACAAAGUAUAAUGUGCAAGUUAUCUUUUCGUCUCGUCCUAAACUGCAUUCUUCGCUAGUGCUGGUCAAGGGUUCUGAAAAGGAGGCCACUAAAGUGCAGGAUGCAACACAGUUGUUGAUUAAUUUCUCUUGCGAAAAUAUAGCUAACCAGAUUAUGGUGCAGAUGCAGUUGGAGAUAUCGCCACAGCAUCACGAAAUUGUUAAAGGCAAAAAUAAUUCGAAUUUGCUAGGAAUCAUGGAGCGUACGAAGACUAAGAUUAUUUUUCCUGAUCUCUCGGACUUGAAUGUUAAACCUUUGAAGAAAUCUCAAGUGACCAUUACUGGAACUAUCGACGGCGUCUAUAAAGCACGUCAACAAUUGCUUGGUAACCUGCCGAUAGCUUUGAUUUUCGACUUUCCGGACAAUCAAAACAAUGCCUCUGAAAUAAUAGGCCUCAGCACAAAAUAUGGCGUCUACAUUUCAUUGCGUCAAAAGCAAAGACAAAGCACUUUGGCCAUUGUUGUGAAGGGUGUCGAGAAAUUUAUUGACAAAAUUUACGAAGCGCGUCAGGAGAUUUUGCAUCUCAGCACGCCGCUUUUACAAGCGACUAUUCCAGAGAGCUACUUCGCGCCGAGAGAUAAGGAGCUGAACAUUAGCUAUCGCACGAUGUUGACUUCACUGCUAGCUGGUUACCCGGAUAGCCCCAAGACGCCUACCCUGUUAACGGCGCAAUUGCAGAUGUCACCAUACGGCAUCAAUGGCCAACUAAAUAACAACAACAAUUUAUUGGUCAACAACAACAACAAUAGAAGCGAUAGCAAUAAUAACAGUAAAUCAUAUCCACCGGGCUUUGGUGUUUGCACGCCAACCAACGUCUGUCCACCCACUCAGAAGUACGUGACAAUGCACAACAACAGCUUCAGUCGCCAGCAGCCGAACCACAAUAAUAAUUACUUGCAAGUAACUCCGCCGAAUGCGCCGCCACAGCGCGCUCCGCAGAUCAAUCUGCAUCAACAGCAACAAAUAUCGCCGCGCAAUAGCUGUCACAACACCAGCGGCUACCAGAGCUUCAGCAGUAGUACCAACUCCUUGGAACAAGUCUAUCCACCUUAUGGCGGCGGUGGAGGGGGCGGUAAUCGGUUGGUGGCGCCAAAUGGUGAGAUGAACCCGCGUGGCCAGUAUUCGCCCGACUCGACCUACAGCAGCGAAGCUGGCUGUGGACGUGUGGGUCGACGCUCAAGUGACGGCGUCUUGUUGGGGUUAGGCGCUUCUGGUCCGCUUGGCGCACCGCUUAUGCCAGGCAGUGCUGAAAGUUACCGCAACUUGCAUUACGAAAUGAAGCAAAAUCGUGUCUUUGACUUCGAUAUGAAGCGCGCCAUGGGCUUCAAAGCAAUGGAGCGCCUACCGAUAAGCGGCGAGCUGCGUACGCCCACACCGAAUUGGGCUGGUAUGGCCUUGAGCCGCACUUCGCCGGGCAUUCUAGAGAGUGCCGACGACAAUUUAUGGCCACGCAACGUGCACGGCAUGAACUUCAACGGUGGCGCUGGUGCUGGUGCUGCACCGAUAUCCCCUUAUGCGCUGGGUGUUACCGUUGGCUUGAUGGAUGCUACACCAACAAAUCGCCGACUUAAGUUGUCCCAACAUAAGGACAUACAUACGCUAUUGACAAGCCUUGGCUUGGAGCACUAUAUAAAGACCUUCGUUACGAAUGAAAUAGAUCUCGAAAUGUUCACUACCUUAAAUGAGGAGAAUUUACUAGAAUUGGGCAUAACCGCUUUCGGUGCACGCCGAAAGCUGCUCUUGGCUAUUAACACUUUGCAAGCCAAUGAUGCCACUCAUGCCGCCAUGCCCAUUAUUUCGGCACCACAAUCGAACAACUCAUCGCCACGCUUCUCCGGCUCAGCCGCACCCGGUGCCGAGCGACGUCCGUCAAAUCAAUGGUAGAGCUUAACCUAACCUAGAGCAAAGCUCAAUUCCAAAAGAAAAACCCAAAUUUUAUAUCGAAAAGUAAAAUAAUUCCAAAUUAUAUAGAAGCUGUAGUUUAGAAACGCUCGAAGAGUGCCCAGGUCAAACCAUAUCAUUUUUAGAAUUAAAAUAUUUAUUACAAAUCUUCUCUAGUAUAAGUUUGCAUGCUAAUCUGUACUAUUUUCUAAGCUUCUUUACUUUAAUCAACCAACUGCAUUGCCGAUAUCAAACACGACUUUUUAACACUUAAACGUCGAACGAACGACACACGGCAUGUGUUCGGCAAAUGAAUACCACUCGAAUAUGCAAAAUGGCGCCCGAGUGUAAUUGAUUCAGUGACUUUUCAAUCAAAAAACUUAACUGCGGGACAUUUAAGCGUCCUUUCAAGCGAAGAAUGUGGAACAGAAAGGAUUCUUCUUGACUUAUACUCGUAUUUGUA